AUGGACGCAUGGCGCUGGCUGGCUCUUGUACUGAGCUUGUGUGCAGCCGGCCGAAGCCCAGCUCCAGCUGGCUGCGCGCAGUCUGAAACUCUGGACGAGUUGACCCUACUGCAAGUUGAAACGGCCAUCGAUUUUGAUUCAAGAAGAGGCUCGCUUGAAAUCCACAGGAAAGCACCGGUGCACAACUUGCCCGAGGAGAAGCUCAACUGCUGGCUGCGUUUGUGGCGGAUUUCUCUAUUUGUCUUGACUGGGGCGAUUGCUCAUGGCUGGCUUUUCCGGCCAUGGAAGCCAAUCUUCUUGCUGCUCAUCCCACUGGGAGUGGCCGCCUUCCCGGCGUUUGUAGCUUCAACAUCGUCCGAUCACUCGGAUCACCUGUUCUUCCUGAUAAAGGCCUGUAGCAUCUCAGCUUUCAUGAUGCUCAUGACAGCUUUGUGCAUAGCAUGUGCCCCGGAUGAAGCUGCUUGGCCCUUUAAUGGUUGGGUCCACGGCUUUUGUGUUCGCCACCUCAGAGGUUCUGUCUGGCCACAUAUAGUGCUUUACCUGCUUCUUUGUGCGAAUAUCCUCGAGGCGGUGCUGACUGACCUGUCGCAUCAAUGCUACCUGAAUGCUCUCACAGGCCUCUGCUUGAUAGCAAGUACUCCCGUGCCGGGGGCAGCGCUUUUCCAGUAUCCCUUGGAAUGGAUUCGAGACUACGACAUGGCCUCAAGGCAGGCAGAGCUCCAGGGUCUUCAUCUGGAGCUCGACGAAGACCUGAGAGCUCGGAUUUCAGAUUGGUUUGUUGUGUUGAUGGAGACAAAGAGUAGACGCUUCGGCGAUAUGUGUUGCCGACUUCCAGUGUCCUGGGUGUGGUUGUACACUUCAUGGAAUGCUCUGUUCAUGUUUGACGUCCGACUUCUGAAUGACUGGACUUUGGCAAUCUUGCUCGUGCCAAUACUGGAGAGCCAGAGAAUUCUCUGGGUGUUGCAAAGCCACGGAACAGCUUUGGACGCGUGGAUGAAUUCAUAUUGGCUCCAGGUACGAGCUUUCAGUCUUUGGUCCUGGGUUGCUCUUGACAGUCUGUUGCUGAAGCUUCUUCCGGAGCCUGCCCGCCCUGCCGAAUGGUUCCAGCUGUCGGAACACGAUGAGGAUCUUGCUCGCCACUUCUGGGGUGUCUUCAAUCUUGUUUGGGCAGUCCUCCACCUCGUAUGGUUCUGGCAUCGGGUCUAUCGACUUCAAGCCGGGACUGAGGAGGGUGCAGAGGUUGGGAAAGCUGGGGCAUGUGGGGAAGGUGCGGCGAGCAGAUAA